UUGUCGGAAUGCGAGUGCACAAAAUAAUAACUCGUUUGUCUCUCACAUUCGUCCUCUUAAACAUAACUGCCGUUUGAAAAUUUGUCUGUUUAAAACGUUUGGAAAGUGUCUGGAAAACACGAACGCACGCGCGCGGUACUGAGGGUGCAUAAUGGUGGCACAGGGGCUGAAGCGAAAACUCCACGAUCAUGUCAGAGACCCAGGGUGGGAGAAUCAGUUGCAGUCUGUGUUGAACAUUUCAAUAGACAAGUACCAGCGAGAUCAGGCCCUGGUGGAGCCGAGCUUACGCCGCUCUGUCCUCAUUUCUAAUACACUCCGUCAGGCCAGAACCCACAUGGAGGCUGUUUCUGGACUUGAGAACCCUAUGAAAAAAACUCCAACACAUCGUUCAGCAAAAUGCUUCCGACAGGAACCUGGCAAACCUGCAGGGUUUGAAGAUACGGAUGAUGAUUUCAUGGAGGAUCUGUCUUUAUCUACCGCCAUUACUACCAUCUUAAAGAAUCUGGACACAGCUCUUGAUGGCAGCUCUGGUUCAUCCACACCUCAGCGAUUACCGUUAGCCUCAGUGGAAAAUCUUAACGGGGACAGGACCUGCAAGUGGAGUGUGAACAAAAGUUUAUCUAAUCACCUGCAUGACAGUGUUCUAGAUGAUUUUUUAUUGGACUUUGGUACUUCUGUAUGUGAAAGGGAGAUGACUGAUCAUAAUUUUGACCUUUCUGCCAAUGAAUUUAUGAAAUAUUUACCCUGUGUGCCCUGCUUGGGGAAUGAAAUGGGGAUUUUACACUCCAUGUAGUGCACUGCAGGUCCAGUAAAGAUUUGAAAUUUAGCUGGAUUAUAUAUUUAUACCACAUGUUUUUGAAAUAGUGGCUCUAUGAGCACACAAUUUGUAAAAUAAUAAUUUAUACUAUAGAACAAAAUAAUGCCUUCCACAUUAUGUCCAAGUAAGGAACAAUAUGCCAUUCAGCUCACUACUUAAUAAAUAUGUACCACAUUA